GGUGAAAAACCACAAAUGUGUCUCCGGUUCACACUCUACUUCGAGGACUGGCACUUGUUCAUGAUGACUGAUUCCGAGUCACUUGAUAAGACACUGGCAGAGGGAGACGGAGCCCGGGGGAAAAAGAGCAAAAGGAAGCUGAAGAAGGAAGAUGCCUGGAGACCAGCGCCACCCAAAGACCCAUUUGCUAUGUUGGACUCACUGCCAGAGAAGAAUCAACAGGAGAUCCAGAAAGCCCUCCAUUUAUUCAGCAUGAGCCCAACUCCACCCAAGACUCUGCAUGAGGCCAAGAGAUACACCUAUCAAUUCUGGGACACGCAGCCUGUCCCUAAACUGGGUGACAAUAUCACAGCACAUGGCCCAAUAAUAGAGGCUGCGGUCAGCGUCCGUCAGGAACCCUACUCUCUACCUGCGGGUUUUUCCUGGGACACGCUGGACCUGAGCACCCAGACUGUGAUGAAAGAGCUGUGCACACUACUGAGUGAAAACUACAUGCAGGAAGAUGAUAACACCAUGAAACUGCUCUUUUCUCCUGAGUAUCUGCAGUGGCUUUUACAGCCUCCUAACUGGCUGAGCCAGUGGCACUGUGGUGUGCGAGUCGACGCCAAUAACAAGUUAGUUGGCUUCAUCGCUGCUGUUCCUGCAGAUGUCCGUGUUUAUGAGACCCAGAUGCAGAUGGUGCAGGUCAAACUUCUGUGCGUGCACAAGAAGCUGCGCCUCAAGCGGAUGACUCCGGUUCUGAUCAGAGAGGUCGUCAGACGGGUCAACCAGCAGGGCCUCAGCCAAGCCGUCUACAUGGCCGCUGUCGUGCUGCCCACUCCUCUCAGCUCCUGCAGAUCCUGGCAUCGGCCUCUGAAUCCCCAGAAGCUGAUGCAGGUGAACUACCCAGGUCUGAGACGGAGCAUGAACCUGCAGAGAGCUCUUAAGUUCUUCCACCUGCCUGAGGUGACAAAGACUAGAGGUUUACGCCCAAUGACCGGAGAAGAUGUUGUGGGAACGCACUCACUGCUCCAGAAGAACAGCAGCAGGUUUGACCUCAGCACCACCCUGUCACUGCAGGAAGUCGAGCACUGGCUGUUGCCGCGGGAGAAUGUGAUUGACACCUACGUGGUGGAGGGGGAUGAUGGGACACUGACAGACGUGGUGAGCUUCUACGCCGUUUCCUCCAAGGUGCUGAACCACCCGGUUCACACUGAGCUGAGAGCAGCUCAUCUCCUUCACGUGACGUCGUCCGCCACACACCUGGCCGAUCUCAUGGAGGACGCCUUAGUCCUCGCUAAGUCAAAAGGCUUUGACAUCCUCUCUGCCCUCGAUGUGAUGGAUAACAAGAGUUUCUUGGAGAAGCUGAAGUUCAACGCCACUGACAAGAGCCUUCAUUACUACCUGUACAACUGGAUGUGUCCUGACACGAGACCCGACAAGGUCGGCUUAGUGCUGCCCAGCUGACCUGAUGUCGCCGAGAGACAGCGAGCGUGCCGAGGAUGAGAGGGACCGGAGUGACUGGCAGGCCAGUUGACAUCAAACUGCAUCGAUAAAAGUUUCAAAUGCAAACUGACAAGCUGCGAAAUGUCUGUGAGAGAGAAAUUAAAUCAAAGUGAAAUUCCAUCCAUGAA